GACUCCAGUCCAGUAGGUGGCGGUAUUUGACCCGUUUUGUUUACAACAGCCAUGAAACUAGUCCAAUCAGUUCCUGCAGCAUGUACAAGAUGGCGGUUCGCCUGCUGACCCUCAGGGCGCUGAGAGGAGCUCCAGGUCUCUGCCGCCGGACUCCGGCCGUCACCGGCGGACUCCGGGCGGCUUCCUCCGCCGYUYCACGGGACAAAAGAGMCGUUAUAACGGAGUCCACGGAAGAAUACAAGUUCGUGGAACGACUCAUACCGCCAACACGGAUCCCCGAUCCGCCUAAACACGUCGGAGCCGCUCCGUCGGGCUGGAUCCCCCCAGCUGAGUCUCCGCCGCCUCUGCCCUACAUGAUCCGCCGCUCCCGCAUGCACAACAUCCCCGUCUACAGCGACCUGACCCACGGGAACCGCAGGUUGACGCUGGUACGGAAGGUGGAGGGGGACAUCUGGGCUUUGGAGAAUGACGUGAGGGAGUACCUGAGACAGGUGACCGGGAAGGAGUUACCCACGCAGGUGAAUGAGGUGACGAUGACUCUGAAGGUGAAAGGUCACUUUGAGCAGGAGCUGAAGGACUGGCUGGCCAGCAAAGGCUUCUGAUCGAGGAAGAGGAGGAUGCAGCUGAAGGACAACUUCAAGUUAUCUUUAAAGGACUGCUGUCCGCUUCCGGUCUAUCAGAAGACUCUUCCUGUCAACARACACGUUUAAUUCUAUUCUGUUAAACCUUUGAAGCGAGAUUAAAGAGAAAAGCAUCACAAACUGUGUUGUGUUCAUUGCAGCAGGCAAACAUGAAUGACUUGGAUUUUUCUUUUCRUGGAUUGACUUCAGAUUCUUCWGAUUUUUUUCUGGUUGAUAUGUGAAUGUCUUUAAGGUUAAUACCAGGAUUGCAUUCCGGAGAAAAGAUUAUGUGACAGGAUUGCACCGAUUGCAGUUUUCUAGCUGAUMACUGAUCUUUAAAAAUCUGUGGUUUCACAGUGAAGCAUUUAAAAUGGUGGAUAAAGCAGCAGUUUUUCAAACUAUACAUMUUUUUUGUUGUUCACAAUUAUUUUAACAAAAUAAAUCUACAGGAGUUACAGUU